AUGUCCAGUUUCUCCAACCAGCCCUCCGCGUCCUCCUCCUUUACCGAUGCGCUCCGGAGUAUAGCGGCGCGCCAUGCCAAUGGAGAGGCUGUCCCGGUCCUCGUAGUAGAGGCGGCUCUUCGAAUGCUGCUUUUCGUGGAACAGGAUAAUGACCCCGCCACCGCCCGUAUGAUUGCUACGCUUACUGCGCAACUGGAGCUCCCUCCGCCCAUUGUACACGAGCUGCGACGUCUCUCGCGGGACGCGACUCAUCGACUGCACGGUUUUCCCUUCGAUACGACAUUCCCGGCCGCUCCGGCGACGACAACGACCACUCCGGCGGCGGAUCCGUCUGCGACGACCAUUCCUGUUGUUGGGAAAACACGCAGUGGUACCAAACGUGCUCACGCGGAGCCGGCCACGACUACGCAAUCCACUGCGGAGGAUUCCCGACCUCAGCCCCGUCGUCGCGGUCGUCCCAAGGGUACAGGCAAAGUGACCUACGAGGCGGCGGAAGUUGCGUGCCGGGGUUGUACAGCGCGGAAUAUACAGUGCCAUGCUCCGGUGUCCGGUAACGCGGAGGCGUGCCAGGAGUGCGCGCAGAGGAAGACUCGGUGCAGCUUUGCGGAUGAAAAGGGUAUGCAAGUGGAGAGUACUGGGGAGUCGGAGGAAAUAAGCGAGGUGGUAACGACCGGACCGCAGGGGAGCCCUAAGAAACCUCGCCUGCGUCUGGAUAGUGUAACCAAAGUCGACGUCCCUCCCCGCCCUCGUCCCAAGGGGAAGGGCAAGGCCACUGCGCCAGCCGAUGUGCCUCCCGUCGCGCAAGGUCCUUCCGUGGCUCAUUCAUCCAAUCCGCCACCGGUCGCGCCUAGUCCCGCCGUAUCCCUUCUUGAGCUCGGUCCGGAGGUAUUUCCUGUCUCUCGUACGCCCAGCUCCGACCACUCGCUGCUCUCGCUGCUUCCUCGUACUGACCAGUCGGCGGAGCAAAUAUCUCGGCUCGCGCGAUCCGUCAUUGAGCUGCGGGAGCAGUCACUUGCUAUGCGGGAGAGCUCCUUGAGGCUGCGCGAAGAGACGGCGGAAUUGCGGCGCGGAGUGGAUGAUGUGCGGAGGCAGCAGCUAGAGCUCCGCGGCGCUGUCGAGGAGGUACGCGAGGAGAUUCGUCGACUCCGCACUGAGCAAGGUAAUGUGGUGAUGGAUCUGGGACUCUUGCGCUCCCAUUCGCAGGUUUCGUUCCGGACCCUGCAAGAGGAGACGCAAGGGUUAGAUCGCCGCCUUGCUGUUGUGGAGGAGAGUCUUGGCCUGUCCGAGCGGCCGCCUGGCACUGAAGGGAGUCCUGAAGUCGAGGAGGAUGCCCAUGGCUCGACUCCGGGGUCCUCCGCGUCGUAA